UUAAACCUUAAUUACUAUUUAUAGAUGAACCAGAGGAUUACUCUUUAAAGAUAAAAACACAUGGAACCUAUUUCAGAUAAGCAAAGGAAUAACGUAAAUAUAUAUUUUUUUUCACAGGCUUCAGAGGAAUUGGUGCUCCCGGAAGACAAGAAGUGGCCGUUCCUUCUGCGUUAUCCAAUAUCUUCAUUUGGUAUCUGCCUUGGUGUUAGUAGCCAAGCCAUCCUGUGGAAAACCCUGGCAACCUCCAAAUCCAUGAGCUUUCUCCAUAUCAGCCUGACCGUCAACCUUGCCCUGUGGUGUAUCUCUGUUGCUCUUAUGGUCACUGUUUUCCUCAUCUACUCUCUGAAAGUCAUAUAUUACUUUGAAGCAGUCCGUCGUGAGUACUGCCAUUCCAUCCGUGUCAACUUCUUCUUUGCCCCAUGGAUAGCCUCUCUGUUCUUAGUUCUUGGUGUCCCACCUUUGGUUGCCAAAAUCCUUCAUUCUGCCUUUUGGUACGUUCUCAUGACUCCGAUUUUCUGUCUUGAACUUAAAAUCUAUGGACAAUGGAUGUCGGGGGGUCAGAGAAGACUUUCAAUGGUGGCCAAUCCUUCAGAUCAUCUCUCAAUUGUUGGAAACUUUGUGGGUGCAUUGCUGGGUGCUUCUAUGGGGCUGAAAGAAGGGCCUAUCUUCUUCUUUGCUGUUGGAUUAGCUCACUACAUGAUCCUACUUGUAACGCUCUACCAGAGACUUCCAACAAGUGAGACGCUUCCGAAGGAAUUACAUCCAGUGUUCUUUCUUUUUGUUGCCCCACCCAGCGUUGCUUCUAUGGCAUGGGCACAGAUUCAAGGGGAAUUUGAUUAUGGGUCGAGGAUUGCAUACUUCAUUGCUUUGUUCCUAUAUUUCUCACUGGCUGUUCGAAUUAAUUUUUUUCGAGGUUUCAGGUUCUCACUGGCAUGGUGGGCCUAUACUUUCCCAAUGACUGGGGCAUCUAUUGCCACCAUCAGGUACUCAAAUGAAGUCACAAACCUUGUAACACAGAUUAUGUCGGUUGUUCUUUCUGGCAUUUCGACCUUCACAGUUAUAGCUUUGCUCAUCACCACUAUCCAUCAUGCCUUUGUGUUGCAAGACCUCUUUCCGAAUGAUAUUGCCAUAGCCAUUUCAGAGAAAAGAUCAGAGACAGGCAAGAAGCAGUGUCAUCUGCGAUCCGGAAGUUCAAAUACCAAAGACAUUGAAGCUUCUUUGAAACCAGCAACCUCCACUGGGUGAGACAUUGGAACUUCUUUGGAAUCUGCUAGCUCAUUUAGUAGAGAUUUGGGUGCUUCUUGUCAGAUU